AUGGACAAGAUCAAAGACCGCGCCGCCAAUCUCGGCUUGACACUCGAACCCAUCGACAUCGAACGUGUUCAUGAAUUUUCCUCGUCCAAUCCACCGAAGCACCGCCCUCGACAUAGCCAAGUCCCCAAACGCGCCACCAGCUCCUACUCACGUGUACGACCCGGAAACAGCCUGACGUACUGGCGGCCCAACUGCUCACCCACGUCCAUCGAGAUUGCCUUGAUCGAGACCAAGGCCGCGCUUAAUCUUCCAAAUGAUAAGGGUGAGGAGCCUGUGUUACCUUCAAAUAGGCCGUGUAUUUGGACCGAGGAGGUCGGGGAUGAGAGGAUUGAUGGGGAAAUUAAGAAUUUUCAGGGGUUGUUUCCGAAAGGGGGAUUGGCACAGCUUAUGAUGGGUGCUGAGAUCAAGGCUGAGGCCAAGAUUGAGGAAAUUAAGGAUAAUAUGGGAGGGGGUACUUUGGAGGCCACGAGGAGGGUUCAGAAUAUCUGCAGGCUUGUGCUCCUUUGA